AGAAUAAGAAGCAAUUAAAUGGUUAAUUAACUGUGAAAAUGGAAAAUAAGAACGAGGGAAACGAAAGUACGGAAAAUGGCGAAAACCUCGGUUCUUAUCUUAAACCAGUCAGAAUCCAGUUGAAAUGUAUAAAACUACCGAAGAAACGAAGAAAGACUACUUCAGAAAAUGAAAACCUUCCUAAUAAAAAGUACAAAUUCGGAUCUGAUGUCGUAUCUAUAGACUGGCGUGUGGAUCAUCGCAAGAAACCAAGUUUUGUGUGCACCAUGUGUGCAAAGGGGUUUAGCAGCGCAUCCGCACUCUCCUACCACGAGAUUUACCAUCCAGAGCUGACGCGCACCAGCCUUCAUCCUUCUCAACUUGAAUCAUCGAGUGCACUUACCUGCCUCACUCUCGCCGCAGGGUCAACCCCUACCUUUUGGACCAACGGUAGAAUUCUAGGUCCAGGUACGAGACGAGUGAGAGUCAAGUCUUUACCAGAUGAAAACCUUCAAUUCAUUCAGGAUUAUCCGGUCUGUGACUCUUCAUCAAGUAAAGAAAAAGAAUCUAGAAUUCGAACAUUAUCUUAUAACAAUAUAUAUAACUAUUCAAGCAAAGUCGACCAAAGAUCAGAAACGGGUAAGUUCAACGCCCAAAUACAAAGAUUGUCGGACAAUGGUGAACUUGAUGAAGAAGCUGAAACUAUCAAAUAUUUAGCAAAUAAACGGAAAUCACGGAGAAAAAGUGAGAUUUCUGACAUUUCUGACAUAUCUGACAUAUCGAAUUUUGUGAUAAAAGAAAAUGGUGUCGGAGAAGAAAAUGUUUCCCGGGAGAAACAUCAUAUAAUAAAAAUUGUAAAAGUAAGCAAUGACAGUUGGAAAAUAAACAGGAAAAAUUGUGGAGAAUCAAAAACGGAACCUUCAGAAUCUGAAAACUCACUGAGUGUACCCGACCCUGAAGACCAUAAACACCUCGAAGACCUUGAAGACCCUGAACACCCUGGAGACCUUGAACACCCUGAAGACCAUGAACACCCUGAAGACCUUGAACACGUUACAUACCAUGGGAGUUUGGAAGAUCUGAGACCAAACGAGGAAUUAGUUGAGCCAAAGUUCUUUGACGAAGACGAUUUUGACAUAAUAAUGGAGAAUUCUGAAUCUGAUUCUAUUAUUUUCUCUGAACCAUGUAUGAAUGGCGUGACUCAGAAGAGCAGUGUGACUCCUGAAAAUCUAGAGCUGCUGAAUGGGCUCCCUCUCACUAAUGGAUUAUCAAGUCCCCAUCAUCUUUAUCCUAGUACAUUAUAUAAAAGACCUUUUGUCAACCUUAAACGUUUAAACACACUUGGAUUGUGCUUAGAAUCAACAAUUCAAACUCCGAAUUAUUCCAGGUUAAAAAAUGUGAUUUCACCAUCUACAACGAAUAGAGGCGAGACUAGUAAUGGAUUAGAAAGUGAAGAAGGAUCAGAAAAGAUUUUUGGACUUGAAUCUAAGCAAAACAAUGCAUUUAAAGAUGGGCCUGUAGCAUUUAAACAAUUUAAAUCCCCGAAAUUAAAAAAGCGAAAAAAGCGAUUCAGUUUGGAGCAGGAAAAACCGGUAAAUGUGUCAAAAUCUUCAGACGUAGCAAAUCCGCCAAAGUCCAUGGAAAAUUCUGUGAAGCGAGAGAAAACUUCAGCGUCCAGGGUAGAUGGAAUACAUCCUAGAACGUCCCUUAAGUCGUAUGACACUAGCUCUGGGUCAGCUGGGUCGGAACGUCGGUUUUCUGAACGCAGAUUUCAAGGAGAGAAGCCGUAUAUGUGCAAUCAUUGCCCACUAACUUUCAGAAGUUAUCAAAAUAGAGUCGUCCAUGAGAGAACACAUAAAGAGAAACCUUUUGAGUGCACGUUCUGUGAGAUGCGAUUUUCCCUCGAGAUGAACAUGAAGAGACACGCGAAGAUUCACAGAUAAAAUAUUGGUAUAUUCAAUAUUUUAUUUUAUUUCAGA